ACACACACACACACACACAGUAAGUAAAGGGUGAGUGAAAGGGAGAAACAGGCAGACAUAGAGGGAAGGAGAGAGAUGUUGAAAACAGUUGCCACAGGCAAACUCGCUCAGUGUUCUGACACGGUCUGAAUGCAGGUUAAAACGUGCUGUGCGGAAUUCACCUCAAAAAGAGAAGCCUGUCUACGCGUCAAGGGAUCCACCACAAUGAUUUGGAGUUUGCUACAUUUCAGCUGCUUCGUUUGUGGAGCCCUCUCAUCCCCAACUCCGUUUUCACCAGCUCCCACCGCCUCUGAAGAAGGACCCUGUCGAAUCUACAAUUUUGGCCGGUCUGCGGACUGUCGUGGAAGACAGCUUGACAGCGUCCCACCAAAACAGUUUCCACCAACCGUUGAAUACAUUGAUCUCUCCUACAAUGAACUUCAUGCCGUCUAUGUGCCUGACUUCAGCCACCUGCCUCAGCUCCGCGUCCUCCAGCUGCAGUUCAACAACAUCUCUCACAUUGACGAUGAUGCCUUUAAGAAUAAUAUUCUACUGGAGAAUCUUAACAUCUUUAAUAACUCACUACAGGAAAUUCCAGCCGCAGCCUUGGCAUCCCUCUUGAAUCUAAAAGAGCUUUACAUGUCCAACAACCUUUAUAAACAUGCCACUUUGGCCGACAGUUUCUCCAAAUUUGUUAAACUCCAGGUUCUGUCUAUGGGCGGCCCCAUGGUGAUGGGUCUGAAGAAAGCAGAUUUUCAGCCCCUGAAGAACAUUAAGUUACAAGGUUUUGCUAUUAAAUGUUCCUCCAAUUUAAGUUACUAUGAAGCUGGGAGUUUAGAAGUCAUCCAGACAAAGCAGAUGGGCUUUGACAUGGCCAUAGAUCAACGACCCAAUGCUCUCCAUCACAUGUUACGCGACCUGGCAAACAAAACUUUGAGCGUCAUUCAGUUUCGCAACCUCUUUGAAUUCAUGUACUAUAUGGAAGAGGAGGACAUUUUCCAGUGUUUGAAAUACAUUAAAGCAUAUCAGCUCAUCUUCCACAGAGGAAAAUUCAAUGAGAACCUCUUGAGAAUGGCUUUAAUGAACAUACAAGGGACCCCUAUCAAAAGGCUGAGGUUACAGUACAUCGACUUUGCCCGCUCACCAACUUUUAUUGAUAGCGGAGCGGGUUCCAGCAUAACCAACUUGAGUCUGGAUAAUUUGGAUCUGUGGUAUAUAAGCAAUCCUGAUGUGCUGCGGUUUGACUGGCGCUUCACCUGGUUCAAGAAAAUUGAGCACCUAUCUAUUCAGUAUGUCUAUUUCAACUCUGUGCCUUGUGAUUCCUGGUCUGAGAUGGAAGGUGUGAAGCUUUUGGAUGUGUCUAACAACAGACUGAAGAACGAAUAUGUCUUCAACCAGAGGUGCGAUUACAGCAACACCAUGCAGAAUUUACACACGUUCAACCUGAGCACCAAUGAGCUGACCAGCCUGAAAGACAUGUCUUCUUUGACAAGAAAGUUUCAACGGCUCCAGGUGUUGGAUCUCAGCCACAACAAACUGGGAUCUGUUAAAUACAGCCAAGACUGUGUGUGGAAACAAAAUAUCACUCGUUUCAUCGCUCACCAUAAUGAUUUUACCAGUCAAGCUCUCGGUUGUCUGCCCACCACAGUGCGACACUUGGAUCUGUCAUACUGCAACCUGGACCAGCUGGACAUGACAUACUUUCAGAAAACCACCAACCUGAAAGACCUCCUGUUGAGUGGCAAUAAGAUUAAAUUCAUCCCCUCUAAGUGGGAGAGUCCAUCGCUUAAUUUUCUCGCUCUUGAUGGGAAUUCAUUUGGCUUGAUAAGCAAAGCAUCCUUCCAGGACAUGCCUCAGUUGUCUCAGCUGAGGGCAGGAAACAAUCCCUACCACUGCACCUGUGAGCUGCACGUUUUUGUUCAGGACACCAUAUCAAAGGGAAAGGUCAAUCUCACAGACUGGCCUUGGAACUAUAAGUGUUAUCACCCUGAGGCUUUCCUCAACAAAGUCAUCUCAGACUACUUUCCUGGUCAGGUGGCAUGUGAUAUCCGACUUGUUAUCAUCAUCUCUGUUGCAACUACCGCAGCAGUGAUUUUGAUACUUGUUCUGAUUUGCUACAUUUUCGAUCUCCCAUGGUACACCAAAGCAACUUAUCAGAUCAUCAGGGCCAAAUACAGAGCUCACAAGGAGAAAGCAGCUGGGGAACUGGAGACUUUUACAUAUCAUGCUUUCAUCUCCUACUGCCACUCAGACGCUGACUGGGUGAGGGACCAGCUCCUGCCCUGUUUGGAGAACAACAAGAAUCCCUAUCGUCUGUGCAUUCAUGAGCGGGACUUCAUGCCAGGAAAGUGGAUCAUCGACAACAUCAUUGAUAACAUCGAAAGCAGUCGUAAGGUUAUCUUCGUCCUCUCUCGUCACUUUGUUAACAGUGAGUGGUGCAACUACGAGCUGUACUUCGCUCAGCAGAGAGCGAUGGGUAAGACCUUCAGCGAUGUCAUCCUUGUGGUGAAGGAGCCCAUCGAUCCAAGCUCUUUGCCCAGCAAGUACUGCAAGCUGAAGAAGAUGUUGAGCACCAAGACCUACCUGGAAUGGCCUCAACAGGCUAAUCAGCAACCCUUUUUCUGGGCACAGCUCAGAACUGUGCUGGGCCGACCCACAAUGACCCGCGAGGGGAAGGAAAGUGUGAGGAGUAGAAACUCAUCGGGGGGGAGAAUUUCUGUUAUCGGGCCCCUUCUGGAGGACAGGCUUCCAGAUGAGGUCAUAACUGAUGCAGACAACAAAGCACAACAUAAAAAAGAGACUCUUGUGAGGAAUGAAGUUGAGCUGUCAAAUCAGACACAAAUACCUGUCAUGGCAUUGUGAUCCAGAUAUUUAACAAAUUCACAUAGAUUUCUACGUUAUUUCAGUAAAGGCCUUUCUUUUUUAUCCAGCUUCAAUGCUAAAAGGGGUUAUGUUAAAGGCCACAAAGACCAACUAAAAUCAAAACCUGUUAACAAUUAAAAUUCAAAAGUGCAAAAGAAGGGAAUUGCAUGUCUCAGAAUUUUGCACUGAAGUCUUGAAUGUUUUACAACUAGAUCAUAGUCGUUUAGUGAAAGUCUAUAAUCCAGUUAUUUGAGGUCACUUUUUCGUUUUGAAGUUAUACUGUAAAUAUCUGUAUGUUACCAAUGUCGUGAUUGUUUCCACAUCUAUUCGUCAAAUUGAUCUGAGGAAGAUUUUGGUGGAAGUUUUCUACCAUUAGCUUUUCAGACUUUUUACAGACAUCACUUGAGUUCUUAAAGAUAGACUUUCACAGCAGAUGAAAAGCCAUAAAAGCCAUAGAACUAUCAAAUUCUAUGGCGAAAGAAUUAUCAAACACCAAUCUCUGUAAAUCUUAAUAUUUCCCUGAUGUUUUGACAUUAUAGAAAAAAAAUCUGCUUAAUAGACAAACAGACAAACAAACACAGGCUAAUGCUCACAGACUCAUGAGCGGAUUGCAAUACCAUUAUCUGUUACUUAUAGCAAACACACUGAGGCCUGAACUUCUGCUGUAAAAGUCAUUCAAAAGUUGUACUGACAAUAUUUGGCCACUAGGUGGAAGAGAAAAACUAUCCAUCCAUCUGUCAUCCAUACAGUUCAUUACAAAACUAACUUCCAGCUCUUCACAAAUAAUGAUUACAUUUUUAAAUGUUUAGACAUUGUUAUUCUUUCUUAUCAUUUGAUGUAAGCUUAAGGGUACACUUUAAACAGUAGCUUAUUUCCUCUCGUGCAUGACAUGAGGUUUAAUUGUUUUUGUAAGAUAUCUGAGUUUUUAUCAAGCGACUGCACCAUUCUGGGCACUUUAUCACUUGCUAUUUUGAAGCAUUGUAUUUUUGUACGAAUUGUGUUAGCAGAUACUUUUUUUAUGCGUCUAAUAAAGUGGGGUUGAAUUAAGCUCAGUCUUUAACAAUGACAACCCCCCAUGAUGUUUUGGGGAAUUUUAUUUUUCUGCCUUCUGCUAAUUUUUUUGAGUUUGUGAAAAAAUGAGCACCUUAUCCCCCUGUGACCUUUAGUACUGAUGAAAGAUCCUUUGCUGACGGCCAUUCUUUGGCACUCUUCUCACCCAACUGCUUAGUUUCCUGCAAUGAGGAUGUGACAGACACUGGAAUAGUAUUCAUGCCACACCACAGGGCCUGAGGUGUUGUUGGAAGUGAGGACAAAAGGGCAUUAAUGAUAGAUGUAUGCCACUGCACAUGAAAUGCUCCAUUUAACAAACAGGCUCACCAUGAUAAACACUGUGUUGACAGGGAAUAUAUGACAUGAUAAAUGAUUUAACAGGAAAAUGAAGUGAAGAGAUGUAUGCUUGGCUAUGGACACUUUUUGCAUGCAUUUGCAUAUAUAAAGUGGACUAUACUUGCCUUAUACCAAAAAUGUGCCGGAGUGCUGGACAUUCACAGAUAUCUCCACACGAUACUGUUGUGUUAUUUGAUGAUGAAUAAAAUGUUAUUGACCAUGGCUGGUUGAACUGUAAAACAG